AUGUGGCCUUCAAUCAUAAUGCUUUAACCCAGGCAGAAUAGAAGCAAGUCUGUUUUUCUGACUCAAGAAAAAAAAAAGUCAAGGGGACAAAAACUAGGCUGGAUUACAUUUGUCUGCAUUUGCAUCGCCCUGCAGGAUUCCCAAGCCGGACCUUGGAUCUAUACACACACAACAGCGGAUUAAUGUGGUCGCAAACUUGUGGAUUUAUCAAAAAUUGAAGCUGGUGGCUGGAGUGAGGUGAGGUGGUGUUUUUUGGAGGAGUGAAACCAUGUGGCUUCUCUGCUCCUCUCUGGCUCUGCUGGCCAUCAUCUUUGGAUCGUGUGACCCUCUGGUGUCCGAACAAGAUGUGCAGUGCCCGUCCUUACAAGUGGAGGACUGGAAGUUUCCCCAGAGCGCCAGGACCAACAUCACCGGUUUUAAUCUGGUGAGGCGAUUUUCCCUGCUCAAGAGCAAAGAUGUCAAGAAGAUCCGUAACCCUCGAGGAGCUGUCAUCCUCCGCUUGGGCAAGACUGCACUCUUACAACCCAGCGACCAGGUGUUCCCCUAUGGCCUGCCAGAGGAGUUCACUCUGGUCUUCACCCUGGCGUUAAAGAAGGCUGCCUUGAGAGACACCAUCUACCUCUUUCAGAUAUCGGAUGCGCAGGGAUAUCCACAGCUCUCCGUAGACGUCAGCGGCCCAGAUCGCACCCUGUCCUUUCGAGCCAAAGGGGCAAACCCUUCAGCGGACCUGGUGGGUUGUGUUUUCACUGGAGAGGGAGUGGAAGCCUUGAUGGAUCUGCACUGGCACAAGUUGGCCCUCAGUGUCCAACACGGAGCUGCUUCCCUCCAUGUGGAUUGCAGCUCAAUUGAGACCAAACCCCUGGAACCCAGAGGAGCCCUUCCCUCUGAUGGACACACUCUGCUGGGUAUUCGGGCGUCAGAUGCUGGGGCUGUGCAAAUGGAUAUUCAGCAGGCAAUGCUGUAUUGUGACCCCUCACUUGCCAUGCACGAGGCCUGCUGUGAAAUACCUGGGGCACGGUGCCCUCCUGAUGCUCCCAAGAGCCGCCGUGCUGCUGAAAACGACCUGUUGGACAACACAUUUAACCAGGAGAUUUUUGCAUCCAAGGAUCUUGCAGAAAAAUGUGGGGGGUGUUUACUCCUGAAUAGGGAAGAAAAUGUUGUAAACUUCGGUGGGGCUGCUGGGUUGAAAGGUGAAAAAGGGGACCGGGGUGAUGACUGUUCUGGCUCCCAUUCAGGUCCAUGCACAGAAGGACCCAAGGGGCAGAAGGGAGAGAAAGGCGAGUCGGCGACCCCUGCCAACUGGGGCGAAGCAGCAGGGUACAAGGGAGACAAAGGUCAGAAGGGUGAGAGGGGUCCACAGGGUCUGACAGGCACCCCAGGAAAGGAUGGUCGAGCGGGAUCGGUCUGUGUGGUCGGCCCCAAGGGACAGAAGGGUGUCCCUGGUAUGGUAGGUCCGGAAGGAUUGGCAGGAGAGCCAGGAAAGCCGGGACUUCCAGGCCUACCAGGGGUCGGAAAACCAGGUCCUCCAGGCCCUCCUGGUGAACCCAGCGGUGCAAAAGGAGAAAAGGGCGAUAAAGGAACUUCAGGAGAAGAUGGAUUCCCUGGAGAACCAGGUCCAAGAGGACCACCUGGAUAUAAAGGAGAGAAGGGUGACCCAUGCGAAGUGUGUCCAGUGCUGCCUGCAGACAUAGGCAACACAGUGGCUUUGCAAGGGAAACCUGGCCCUAAAGGAGAGUCCGGAUUACCAGGGAUAGGAGAGAGAGGACCGCCUGGUCUUCGAGGUGCAGAUGGCAAGGAAGGACGGAAGGGACAACCAGGAUCUGAUGGUACCAAAGGUGAAAAGGGAGAGCCGUGUUCUGCGUGCCCCACUCUCGGAGAGUUUUCUAACUCUGUCCCCGGUGUCAUGACCCAAACCCAACAGCAAAAAGGCGAGAAGGGAGAAGCUGGAAUUGGGCAGAAAGGAGAGAAGGGGCAGCCAGGAGAUGUAGGGCCGGCUGGUCUUAGAGGAGAGCAGGGUAAUCCAGGCAGCAGAGGAGCUGAUGGAAAGACCGGAAAACCUGGAUCAAGGGGACCAAGUGGCAAGGAUGGACAGAAAGGUGAAAAGGGAGCACAAGGGCAGCCUGGUGUUAGUUCUCCGGGUCAAAAGGGUGAGAAGGGCGAGUGCGGUGUGUGCGAAUCAUCAGAGGUUGGCCGGAUACCUGCUAAUAUCAAAAUGCCAGUGGGAGCAAAAGGCAGUCAAGGUGAACCAGGCCCUCAGGGGCCACCAGGACCUCCAGGUCUUGGGGCUGAAGGCAAACAGGGCCCAUCGGGGCUGCCUGGUGCCAAAGGAGAAAAGGGUGAGCAAGGAGAUCGAGGAGAGAAUGGAUUAGAUGGAGCUACUGGAGCCCCAGGACUGCCUGGAGACCAUGGUCGGGAUGGCCAACGGGGCUUGAAGGGAGAAAAGGGGGAUGCGUGUACCAGCUGCCCUUCUGCUGGUGCUGUGGUGGGUGACGGUGUAGCUGUGCCAGGCCCCAAAGGAGAGAAAGGAGACCCCGGCCCCCCAGGAGAAGGAAAGUCUGGCAAAAAUGGAAAGUCAGGUUUGCCUGGUGUGCAGGGCCCCGUUGGUCCCAAAGGAAUCAAGGGAGAAGUCGGAAUCCCAGGAAUUGGCCUUCCAGGACCACAAGGUGAAGAGGGACCAAGAGGACUCCCAGGACAUGUAGGACCUGCUGGUGCCAGAGGAUCACCUGGGCCUGCUGGCCCUGCAGGGGAGAAGGGCUUCAAAGGUGACUCUGGGCUUCCUGGACCAACUGGUCCUCUGGGCGUUGGAGUGGCAGGCCCCCCGGGUAGAGAUGGAGCCCGCGGCUCCACGGGACUGCCGGGAGCUGAUGGAAGACCUGGGCUUGAUGGAGCUAAAGGGGACAAGGGUGAACCUGGAGAGUGCGGCUGCCUAAUGCCGCACACGGGCGUAGGCGGACCUGGAGCUCCAGGAACUCCAAUAAACACGUGGCAGCCCGGGCCUCAGGGUCCCCCAGGGCCUCCUGGCCCACCUGGACCCCCUGGGCCAGAGGGAGUUAUUGGAAGCCAAGGACCUCAGGGUAUCCCUGGAAACGACGGGCUACCGGGGAAACCGGGUUUGCCUGGAAACAUCCCUUACAUCGGACCAAAGGAGCUGCCUCGAGACUCCCCGGGAAGUCAGGAUGAUGACUGCGAAGGGGGAUGUUCCCAAGGGUUGCCAGGGGUGCCGGGGAUGGUUGGUGCCAAGGGAGAAAAGGGAGACCAGGGCAGGCCUGGCGUAACUCCCUUGGACAGCUGUGACUUGUGUUUGGAGAGACUGCACACGGAGCAGGCAACACAACCAAGGGGCGAUCAGCCUUGUGUGGGAACACCUGGAAUCCCAGGAAUGUCUGGAUCACCGGGAACAAAAGGAGAUCCAGGUCCAUCUGGCGAAAGAGGCCAAGCGGGAAUGCCCGGAAACAUGGGACCUCCUGGAUUUCCAGGUUCUCAGGGCCCACCUGGUUUACCUGGUCAACAGGGUGAGCGAGGGUCAGAUGGCCUCCCGGGAAUGAAGGGUGAUCAGGGUCCUUCAGGGACGCCUGGGUACCCAGGAACCAUGGGCCCUCCUGGACUGCCUGGACUCAAGGGCGAACGUGGAAGCCCAGGAACUGCUGGCCUAACAGGAGAAUCAGGGCCUCCUGGUAACCCUGGAUAUCAAGGACAAGCUGGAUUGCCGGGCAUUAAAGGAGACAGUGGACCAGCAGGGCCUGCUGGUGCUAAGGGGGAUCAGGGCUUCCAAGGACAACCAGGCUUCCCAGGACCACCUGGACCACCAGGUCCUGCCGGCAAAACUGGAAGGGAAGGACUUCAAGGGCUCAAAGGGGAAAAAGGCAACGACGGCACUCAAGGCCCUCAAGGACCAAGUGGACCACCCGGUUCAACCGGGUCGCCAGGGUUGAUGGGCCCCCGUGGCAUUGACGGAAUUGAUGGAAAAGAUGGGAAGCCAGGACUGCGGGGAGAAACAGGACCUCCAGGCCCAGCAGGACCCCGGGGAAUGCCUGUACCAGACAGCGUGUGCAGCGUUCCCCCUUAA